AUGGACACCCAAGCGACAACUGUUGUUAUGGAGUUGGGUGUUCGGCUAAUGACAAUGUGCCUACCUAUGGCCCACAUGACAAAGGUCGUGGACCAUUCAGCGAAAUGGAAACUCUUUAUCGCUGUAGUAUCGCUACCACUCAUUCUUGCCACACCACUCUACUGUAUUUUUAAUUUUCAGUAUGGUCUUAAGGGUACGGAAGUCCCAAUACUUCUUAGCAGUCCUGAUGUCACCUAUUAUUCGUCCAUCUUCUAUAUCGGACUGGUUUAUCGAGUGACGGCUCUGGUCCUCUGUCUGUGCGGUUAUGUUUAUAUGUUCGAUACGAUUCGAAGGAAAGGCCUAGGCCAAUUCAAAAUCCAUGUGUCUCCGAAAGCCUACAUUCAAACUGUGGGAAAUGCUCCAAUCGCGUCACCUCUUCACGUCGAGGUAAUUGAGCAGUGGCUCAAUUUGCUGGGGAAUGUCACGAUUGGGUUAUCGUCAAGAACGUCCACCCAACUUGACGGAUGA